CCAAACACUGAGCGCAUUAAAUGCACAUCUGCUGUAUUUUACGAUUCACAUGUAACUGAUGCAAAAUGAUUUCCUCGUGCAGAACAUUGCCUCCAUAAAGCACUCAGGCCAGCAUAAAGCAUGCAUGCAGCAGGAUGCUCAGAUAAGCUGCCAUGGUGAUGAGGAGGAAACAGUGUGAUAUAGUUUGAUAUAAAGGGGGCUGGUCUGAAUCUCGCUGUCCUUUAUCUGCGUGGAGAGGAAGAAAAAAAAACAGAAAGACAGACGCACUUUGGAGUUCAGUGCCGGGACGUGGACUGUAGAGGUCCUUUCAUCCACAGUGCAGGUCUGUGGCUCGGCUCGGCUCGGCUCGACAUCCUCUCUCCUCUCCGCACCAUCGUGUCUCUCCUCUCCUGAACAGCUGGCCAAAGGGCUGAUUGUGUCUUGGCUGCGGAGGGAAACAGCGAGCAGACUCCACUUACUCUAGCCAAACGGAGCAGCGUCUGCCCAGGAAAUAUUCUCCUCCACUCUCCGGACUGAAUGGGAAGAAGGAGAAUCUUUGACCUUGGAAAAUGAAGAUGUUGUUGCCAUGGGAACUGUUAAUCCUUCUGUCACUCAAAGAGUGCCUGGCUGAGAAUACGCGCCAUGGUCCUGUCUUCACCCAGGAGCCCAGUGACAGUAUUUUCCCCCUGAGCACUGAUGAUAAGCAGGUGUUUAUUAAUUGCAAAGCAAAGGGAAACCCACCUCCGCAUUAUAGGUGGAAAAUGGAUGGCAGAGAAAUAAACACAGAGUCAGAUCCACACUACAGCCUCGUGGAGGGGAACCUGUUGAUCAAUAAUCCCCAUGUCAUCGAUCACGGAGGAGUGUAUCAGUGCAUCACCGCCAACACAUUCGGGACCGUUGUCAGCAGGGAGGCAAAAGUCCAGUUUGCAUUUCUGCAGAACUUCAGCAGGAAGUCGAGGAACACGGUGUCGGUGAGAGAGGGUCAAGCCGUGGUUCUGCUCUGCGGCCCUCCACCCCGUUACGGAGAGAUCAAAUAUUCAUGGGUUUUCAACGGACAGCGGAGCUUCCUGCAACAGGACGCCCGUCGUUUCAUCUCCCAGAGGACGGGCAACUUGUACAUAGCCAAAGUUGAAGCCUCGGACGCAGGGAACUACACGUGUGUGGUGAGAAACAUGAUGACCAACACCACAGUGAUCAGCUCUCCAACCCCUGUGGUGGUGCGGAGAGACGUAGUGAUGGGUGAAUACGAGCCAAAGAUUGAGGUUCAGUUUCCCGACACCCUCCACGUCUCUAAAGGAUCAUCAGUGAAGCUGGAAUGCUUUGCCUUAGGAAACCCUGUGCCUUCCAUCUCAUGGAGACGAGCUGAUGGAAAUCCACUCCCUGGCAAGAUUAAAAUCAACCACUCCAGUGGGGUUCUGGAAAUUCCAUAUUUUCGCCCGGAGGAUGCCGGUGUGUACGAGUGUGUAGCGGAAAACAGCAGAGGACGAAAUGUUGCCAGAGGGCAACUUCUAUUCCACAAUGUUGAAAAUCUGCACUGGGUCCAGACACUGAAAGAUGCUCAUAUGGCAAUCGAUGCUAAUCUGCAGUGGGAAUGUAAAGCCAUCGGUAAGCCUCGGCCUACAUACAAAUGGUUGAAGAACGGUCAGGCGCUGACAGCAGAGGGGAGGAUCCAUGUGGACGCUGGUAGACUGACCAUAUCCAGGAUUAGCCUGUUGGACUCUGGGAUGUAUCAGUGUGUGGCAGAGAGCGAACACGGAGCUGUCUAUGCCAGCGCUGAGCUCAAGGUUGUAGCCUCCCCACCGGACUUCACCCGGCGGCCCGUGAAGAAGUCCACCGUGAUCCAGAGGGGGGGCGAGGUGGUCCUGGAGUGCCGCCCCCACGCUUCCCCGAGGGCCACAAUCUCCUGGUGGAAAGGGGGCGAACUCCUGAAGGACAGCAAGAGACAGACUAUCAUGGAGGAUGGGACUCUCCGUAUCACCAACAUCUCCAAAUCUGAUGGAGGCAGGUUCACAUGUUUGGCCAGAAACCACUUUGGAACAUCCAGCAGUGCAGGGACGCUGUUGGUGAAAGAGCCUACCAAGAUCAUAGUCCCACCUUUGAGUUUGGACGCCACCGUGGGACAGAGCGUUGUGCUGCCGUGCGAGGUGUCCAGUGAUUCGUCCCCGAGUCCCAUCUUCAAGUGGUUUUUCAACGGGAAAGCCAUUGAUUUCAGCCGGCAGGAGCACUUUGAGAUGAUUGGAGGGGGAUUUGCAGGUGACCUGAUGGUGAGGAACAUUCAGCUAAAGCAUUCUGGGAAGUACGUGUGUAUGGUACACACUGAAGUUGACACUGUCUCAGCAGCAGCAGACUUAAUUGUCAGAGGACCUCCUGGUGCCCCGGAGGGCCUGGUAGUGAGUGACAUUACCGACACCACUGUGCAACUGUCCUGGGGCUCUGGACAUGACAACCACAGUCCUGUUACCAUGUACAUGCUACAGGCUAGGACCCCCUUCUCUAUAGGCUGGCAGACUAUGAGAACAGUUCCUGAUUCUGUGCCUGGACAGAUGAUGCAUGCGACAGUGAAAGAUUUGAUCCCCUGGGUGGAGUAUGAAUUCAGGGUGGUGGCAAUCAACAGUGUUGGUGUCGGCGAACCCAGCACGCCAUCCAAACAGAUUCGAACCAAAGCAGCAGUUCCCAAGGUUGCACCAGUUAAUGCGAGCGGCGGCGGAGGAGCUCGAGGAGAACUUGUCAUCAUGUGGGAGCCAGUUCCAGAGGAACAGCAGAGCGGAGAGGACUUUGGAUAUGUCGUGGCUUUCCGCCCACAUGGCAGCAGCACCUGGAUCCAGACAGUGCUGGCAUCGCCUGAUGCAUCGAGGUAUAUUUACAGGAACGACAGCAUCGCGCCCCUGUCCCAGUUUGAAGUGAAAGUGGGAGUCUACAACAGCAUGGGAGAGGGGCCGUUCGGCCGCGUCGUCACGGUGUUUUCUGCAGAAGAAGAGCCCUCUGAGGCGCCAUCGAGAGUUUGGGCCCGCGCUGUGUCAGCCUCUGAGAUCGAAGUGUACUGGGAACCAAUUCCCCCCGGGUCCAGCAGCGAGAAGAUCAUCGCAUACGAGGUUCUCUUUUGGGAGGAAGGAUCCCAGCAGAGUGAUGCCGAGAGACGGAGGGUUAUCGACACCACAGCUCUGCUCUCCGGCUUGAAGGGCAGCACGGUGUAUCUGAUCUCAGUCAGAGCCCAGAACAGCGCUGGACUGGGACCCUGCAGCCCAGCUUUUAACAUCACUACUAAGAAACCACCUCCAAGUCAGCCUCCGGGGAAUAUUGAGUGGAGCCUGACCAACUCUAAGAUCUUUCUGAAUUGGGAACAUGUCAAGGCGAUGGAAAAUGAGUCUGAGGUGACAGGAUACAAGGUCGUGUAUCGUCAGAACUGGCACGGCAGGACUACUGUACUGGAAACCAAUAAGACCAGUGUGGAGCUGCAAAUCCCCUCCGGAGAGGACUACCUCAUUGAGAUCAAAGCUCUGACCGAAGGGGGCGAUGGCACCAGCAGCGGCCCCAUCCGCAUACCAAAGAUGUCCAGUCUUAACUCAAACGGUUGUGUGUGUCCAGUUCCAAUGAAGAUUUGCUGUUUUAUGAUGUUUUUUGUAUUUUUUAUGUUCAUUUUGUAGCUUCUCAUGCCUCUAUAUUCAGCUCUGGACAUUAGAAUGAAUGUAGUUUAUGAUUCUCUUCUACGUGUCAGAUUUAUGGAAGAAGAAGAAGCUAACUAGAGGGUUUCUCAACCGCUGGUUUGCAAACCAAAACUGGAUGAUGGGAGCGUUCUGACAGCUUGUCAAAUGCUCACAAAACUGUGGUGGACUGUUACUCACAGGCAAUAGCACAGUUUCCAAACAUUUUUCAUCCGCCUAUUUUCAGGACUGCUGCAAUCCUGCAGGAUGCACGAGUUUGAUAAACAUGGAAAGAUGAAUUUCUUAUCUGUCAUUCUGAAAUGAACCCGAGCACAGGUUCCUGUCCCAGUUUCCCCAUUUCACUGUCUGUAACCACCUAUUUUGCCUCAACUUCCAAGUCAUUUCUUGGCUUGCUGUGACCUCUUUGAAUGUUACAGAUCAAAAGGUACAACUUUCACUUACUUCACAUACUACAUAUGUGCAAUAUGAAAAAUGUGGACUUAAAGUGUUAAUGCUUUAUGUAAAAUCAAAUUCAGGCCCCAUGCUAUUUUUCAUUACUGGUGGUGGAGUCAGAAUUACUCCACGAAAUUAAAAGAAUAAUUUGACAAUU